AUGAUAGUAUUUGUGAUCAUUCCCGUUUCUAUAUUUCUGAAUAUCAACGGAGUUUUCGCUGUUGAUUGGAAAGGGCCACUUAAAGUAAAACAAUCAGCGUAUGGAACUGUUCGGCGUUAUUGUGAGUACUUUAUGACGUCAGAAGGUGUCACCGCCACAUUGAAGAUUUUGCCAGGGUCGACCUUUGACACGUUGGAUUGUUACCACUGCGAGUGUACGACUGAAGGAUUAAACUGUCAGGGAGUUGGUGUGAACGGUUGGAGUCUAAGCGGUCCCCCAGAAUGUACAGUUGUUGCUGAUGGCUGUAGUCCGUUAUUUGUACUUCGGACUAAUAAUAAAAUCGACUGCUUUACACGUCGCCCUGUUGGGCAGCUUCCAAAUGGCGAGAGACUACACCGUACUGGGACAUCGUGGAUCUAG